GCGCAUGACUACGAAGGCUCUUCGGCCGCUAGACCGACCGAAGUCAGUCUGGGCUCGCGAAACUCAGGUGUGCCAAGCUCGCGCUCAAACAACACAAGAAUAAUCUCCGGCGCACCAUGAGCGAGCAAUAAGCCCACUGAGUUACAAUCAACCCAUACAUAUCAAAAAAUGCACUGAUAGCGUUAAACCGUAGAGCUAAUUAAGUAUAAUAUUAGAUUCAUUUGUAAUUAAUAUUAAGAAUAUCGAAGGCUGGCAAAAUAUAUACAAAAUUUUAAAAAGUAGUGUUCUUAUUAUCGCGCGCGUGGGGCAGUCGCCCCUUGGGGCUUGAAGGUGGAGGACGAGGGGGGAGCGCUGCUCGGGCGGCUGCAGGGCGCGCUGCGAGGCGGCGCCGCAGCCGCUUCGCCCUCGCGUGUCGCCAGCUCCAUCAAGGGCUACCUUACUAACAAGGUCGGCUCGCUUCAACUGAAAGACACAGGUUCCGAAGUCCCAAUCGAGGGUUGCGGCGAAAGGCAUCAAGUUGCAAAUGAUCAGUAAGCGGGAAGACAUCAGGAUAUAAACGAAGCGAUGGUCGUAGUUUCUCAAGGCAGAUACAUUUCUUAAAGUCAAGCUUAUUGAAAAAAAAUCAAGAUGGCGGAGGGUCCGCAAACAAUAUGGCAGAAAAUCGACAGUUCCGCGAUUCCCGUCGUGAACCUCGAGGUGAAAGAGGUACGCGAAAUAGUAUGGGAGAAGAUAAAGGAACCUACCUCUCAGAGAAAGAUCAUUCUAGUUAUAGUAUCCAUAGCCCUUCUACUAGACAACAUGCUUUACAUGGUUAUUGUGCCGAUUAUACCAGAUUACUUACGUUACAUCGGUGCGUGGGGCGAGGCGGGAUACGACCAUGUCGUAACUCUAGCUCCUUACAAGGAAGGCAAUAGGACCAUAAUACCGACAAAGAUCAUCCCAGCCUCACACGAAGGGCAGGAUUCCGCGACAGGAGUUCUCUUCGCUUCAAAGGCGAUAGUGCAGUUGAUGAUAAAUCCAUUUUCCGGUGCCUUAAUCGACCGAAUAGGAUAUGACAUUCCCAUGAUGAUUGGGCUCAUCAUAAUGUUUCUGUCAACGUCGAUAUUCGCAUGCGGACGGAGUUACAGCAUGCUAUUCUUUGCGAGAAGCCUUCAAGGAGUUGGUUCCGCUUUUGCUGACACUUCUGGAUUGGCAAUGAUAGCUGACAGGUUCACCGAGGAAAACGAACGAUCAAAAGCGCUCGGUAUCGCCUUAGCAUUUAUCAGUUUUGGAUGUCUCGUCGCACCGCCGUUUGGUGGAGCAUUAUACCAAUUUGCAGGAAAAGAAGUACCCUUCCUUAUUCUUGCGUUAAUAUCACUUAUGGACGGAUUCAUGCUGCUACUUGUAAUGAAACCGUUAAAAACUCAAAUGAAGGAAGCUUCACAGCCAAAACCUGCUAGUACACCUAUUUGGAAACUUCUAAUGGAUCCUUACAUAGCUGUGUGUGCUGGGGCCCUCAUGAUGUCUAACGUUGCUUUAGCGUUUUUGGAACCAACGAUCUCUCUUUGGAUGGAAGAUAACCUGACAAAGGAUAAUUGGAAGAUUGGUAUGAUUUGGUUACCAGCGUUCUUCCCCCACGUUCUCGGCGUAGUGAUAACUGUGAAAAUGGCGAAAAAAUAUCCACAGCAACAAUGGUUAAUGGCUGCUGGAGGCUUAGCUUUGGAAGGAUUAUGUUGUUUCAUUAUUCCGUUUGCAAACUCGUAUAAGAUGCUGAUGAUACCAAUAUGCGGUAUCUGCUUCGGUAUAGCCCUCAUCGACACGGCCUUAUUACCUACUCUGGGCUAUCUCGUAGAUGUUCGAUAUUCGUCUGUUUAUGGAAGUAUCUAUGCCAUUGCCGAUAUAUCAUAUUCCUUUGCCUACGCGGUCGGACCCAUCAUAGCUGGAGAAGUGGUCGAAGCAAUAGGAUUCACCGCACUGAAUCUUUUUAUAGCAUUCAGUAAUCUUCUUUAUGCUCCUGUUCUGAUGUAUCUCCGGCAUAUUUAUGAUUUCAAGCCGUUCGAGAACGAAGCGAAUAUUCUGAUGGCUGAUCCGCCUGAUAAGGAAUAUCAAACUUAUAGCAUGCAAGAUCAGAGACCGGUAAACGGUGAAUUCAAAAAUCACUUAGAGUAUACCAGCGUGCCGGGCGAGGGCGACUCCAUGCAAGAGUCCAACGUCGACCAAUCGAGGUAUGACUAUCAAGAAGGUUAUCAAAAUUAUUCGCAAGGCUAUGAACAGCAAGGCUUUCAGCAAGAAGCAUAUAGUCAGCCACGACAGUUGCCAGCGCAACCGCAGCCAACUCCGAGCAAUCCAUUCAGGGCUCCAGGAACGGCACCUGCACCAGCUCCAGCUCCAGCACCUACGCCUGCACCUGCCCCAACACCGAAUCCGAUCAGGAACCCCUUCCGACAAGGCUUCUAGAGCAAUUUAGUAUUGUUGUCUAUAUUUUUGAACCUACUUGUUGUGUAUUUAUAAAUGUCUCAUAUAGUUGAUAACUUCGAUCACUGAGCCGCGCCCAACCGGCGGCAAUGUUUAACCUUUGAUUAGAUGUCUAUAACUUUACUGUGCUUAUAAUAAUCUCUACUGUAGUGUGUCUGCGCUGCCCACGAGAUGACGUCAUCGUGUCUUAGAUACUUUUAAUUACAUUAAAAAUGUGUACACGCUAUGAAGUCAUUUUGUUGGCAGCGAGAGUUCUUGUUGAUCUUGAAUUGUUCAAAACUAAUUGUUGCAUCUUUUAAUAUUUAGAACCAAGAGCCGAUGAGGUCUCGCGUUCAUAAUCUUUCCUUAAUUUUUAAAGAUUAAUAUAAUUAUGUAUAUUAAAGAACGGAACGACUGCAGUGCAGCUAAAAACGUAUUUAAAUAAACUAUCAAUGUGGUAUUGCAUACACGUUAUCCCAGGUUAUUAAAAGCUAUUCAAAUGAAUAUUCUCGAAGCAAUUUAAGAUAUAUUUAGAAGUAUUUAUAUGUAGCAUAGAUCAUAGGAUUACAGAUUGAAAAUCAUGCAAGAACGUUAAUAAAUUAAUAUUGAUGUAAAGAGGUCUAACUAUUUGUAAAUUUUAAAUGGCACUUGCAUCUAUUAGUGAUUUUUAACUUAAGAAAUAAGCUAUUGUAACGUACGUACUCGUACGCACUGUACAAACAAACUGUUCGGGCUUUCUUUAAGAGACUUCGAGAGAUUGUAAACUUCGGUUUUAAUCUGUUUAAUAAGGAAAGCAAGAAUUAUUUUUAAAUAAAUUUAAUACGACUAUGUUUUUUACGGAUUUAUUUAAUAUUUAAACAAUGAAGUUAUUGAAAUCAUAAAUUGGCAAAAAAACGAUCAGAAUCUAAAAGUCCGGUUCCAGAUCUGUCGUAAUAUGACAAAAACGAUAAAA